AUGUCACUCGCCAAGAGAAACAACGGAUGCUACGAAUGCUGCAAGAGGCGUCUCAAGUGUGACAAGACAGAACCAGAAUGUCUCAAGUGCCAGAAAAAAGGCAUUUCCUGCUCUGGCCAGGGUCUGCGGUGUCGCUUCAGCAGCCACAUGGCCACAACAGCAACGCCAAUGACAUUGACUUUUACCACAACCACAUCAACUCCCUCGUCAACUGAACCAAGUCCCAAUCAACCCGGAAAGAGUUUUCGGUGGGUUGAACCUGGAAAACGGUUUAGAAAGGACCGUAUGAGAAACGGUCAGGGGAGAAAUAGUCCCACGACGUUGCAUUAUACAGACUCGGCUUCUUCCGAUGAUGUUGCUUCACCAUCGUCUGAUGACUCUUUUGAUUCGAGUUCAGGAGCUGUUGUGCCAUAUGCUCGGCGUAUUACGAUUCAUCCAUCUCUCAAUGCAGUGUCCAGUUCCCAAACGAGAAAGAUGUUUAGUCAUUUCUCCGAUAUAAUAGCUUCACACAUGGUCGUCCUCGACUCAAACAGCAAUGGAUACAGAGAUGUCAUCCUACCACUAGCAUGUCACGACGACAACCUCGCACAAGCAGUGUCUGUCGUGUCAGCGUUUCACCUCGGUCAGAAAGACCCCAGGUUACAACACGUCGCAGAAACAGGCCAUCAAGCAAUUGUCCAGAAACUACGGCGUGAUUCCCUACAACUUAGCCCAGAACAGCUUUUCAAUCCGUAUAUUCUGGCCACCAUCUUGGUACUUCUUGUUGGAGAGACUAUCACAGGAGCGGAUAAUUAUACUUAUCUUCUCGAGAUGUUGAAUUGUCUAACGUCAUAUCCGGAUUGGAUUACCAUGCUGCCACCAAGUCUGAAGGAAUUCUUUCUACAGCAAAUCAAGAUGUUCCAACUCUUUGGCGUCCCUCUAGCCAACGAAUCCAAAGGCCUCCAAGUCCUCACCGGCCCCGAAGCAUACCUCGACUUCAUGGCCUACCCCGAACUUCCCCCCGACUCAGAACACGCCCCCAACAUCCAAGUAAUCCGCUCCGCCAUCUUCGACGCCUGCAGCAUCUACCGUCGCCGCGCCGAAUCGUCCCUCUCCGACGAAGAGUCCAUCCAUCUCGUGGAGCAGCUGCGCCAAAAGGUGCUCAACCUAGAUGCUUCUACCAAGGGUGUGCAUGCGCUCGUAUGGACGUACUUUGUGGCAGCGGCUGAGAGUAUGUUACCAGAGCAUAGGGAGUUCUUCUCGACGAGGUUGGCGGGGUUGUAUAGUGUGACGAGUUUUGGGAGUAUUCCUGUUGCGGUGAAGGCGUUGACGACGAUUUGGGGUAUGCAGGGGACGAGAAGGUGGACUGAGAUUGUCAGUAGCGAGACGCCGAUUCUUAUCAUGUAG